UCUCUGUUGGACCUCAUCACCCCACCAAGCUAGUUUGACGCAGUUGUUUGUAAGGAAAUAUAGGAUUUAUAUAGAGUAAAAACGAUCCGAAGUGCUCCAUCACUUGGGAGGAAACCAUAUAUUCACACCAGUUAAGGUACAGCUUUUACUUACACGAUGGAAUAGGCUUGAUUGUGGUCUUACAUCGCGACGAUGUGAAUGAACAGAUUCGUACGAGAUCAUCACAAUGGAACGCUUCAUCACCGUUGCAAUCUGUGCAGCUGUUGUGAUUGCCUACAUUCAAAGGGCAAGUUCGACCGAACUAUAUGAACCGUUGAUACUUGAUCGUGGGAUCCUCCGCAUAGACUCUACCGAUGCAACAUGGCGAUACUCGGCUGCCGCCGGUGCUACUGAGCCGGAGGAGAUAUUGACAGGGUUUCUGGAAGACAGGUCGUAUACCGAUGAGAAUGAGAACCAGUGGCCUUAUCAAGUGGCAAUAUUCAGGCACAAUGGUAGCAUCGUUCUGAACGGGAGUCUUCAGGUUGUCUUCUCUGGUCAGCCAGCCGUUUCCAUAGAGAGUAUACAAGGUGACAUCGAGAUAGCUACUCGUCUCACGUUGGAUGGCUACAUAGGUCUUACAAGUGACACUGGGUCUUUGGGAGGAUUUGGGGCGAGACUUGGUCCAGGAGGGGGAGGGCUCUUGGGUGACGUCAGUGACCCCCAGAAGCCACCCGGAGGUGGGGGCCACGGGGGCACCGGAGGUGAAGCUUUCAAGGAGACAACGUGGGUCAUAUCAGCCGCGGUUCCUAAAGAGAUGCUGUAUGGUUACCCGUAUCUGGUCGGGGAUGGCUACCAUCUGCUCGGAGGAAGUGCAGGUGGAAAGCUGGAGUAUGACCCGACGGUUCUGAUUUAUAAUAAUCCGAAAGGUGGAGGAGCGCUUGAACUCACAGGCAAAGGAAAGAUCACCAUUGGGGACCAUAUAUCGGCCAACGGACAGCAAGGUAACACUUAUGACCAGGCAUUCCUCGAUAAAUAUUCAGCUGAACCAUGUGCUGGGGGAGGGAGCGGUGGGCUGAUCAGACUGAGAGCAAAGGAGAUCGAGAUCCGCUACGACGGUUUCCUCUCCGUGGACGGCGGCGACGGGGCCCAGAACACCGACAGCGGCACGUACUGCGGAGGCGGAGGGGCGGGUGGCAUCAUCGAGUUCCAGAUCUCGGACCGGGUGCACGGGAAUCUGGUGGGCCACCAUCUUUCCCUUGACGGCGGAUUGGGUACCAUACCGGGCAGUCGGGGCAAGUUGGAAAUCACAAACUUCAUGCCACAGAACGGAUCGCAAAGUGGUGGCGAUAGUGACAAUGACUGUGACUGCAAUGCGACACCACCCGGCUCCGAGCCCCCUCCCGACACCAAGUCUCCUACGGAACCGACCACAGGCUGUCCGAUGGUCACUGAAACACCGACGUGUAACUGCAAUGACACUGUCACCUGCCCCAGCGAUGUGACGAGCGACGUGCCCACAGUGACGUGUGACUGUGGUGAAACCGUGACGUGCCCGACAGCCCCUGCUCCUCCUACAGAGUGUGACUGCAGUGCGACAGCGUGCCCGACUGUACCCGGGGAGAUGGUCACAUGCGCAUGCGCUGACGGCACUGAAGGUCAGGUGACUCCUAACACAACCACUCCCUUCACACCCGACGUUGCUGAAAAGUUUCUAGAAGAGGCUCUUGAUGUUAUUGGUCUUAUUGGAGGAAAUUCGACCCGGGAGGGCGCUGUACAGCUGUUGUUGGAAGCCGAAAUCCUGGGCAUAAAUUUGGGGAAGCGUCUUUCUGAAGGUCGGCAGGUUGGGGAAACAAUCUCUGUGACGGCUGCUACGGAGACUAUUGCUAUGAGCGUCGAAGUCGACGAUGCAAGCGCAUUCAAAGGUGCCGCCUUUCCCGAUUCCUCGGACCCCGUGUUCAGCUCCGAAGGAUGGAGGGCGCCCUUUGUGUCCCAGGAAGUUUCGAACUUCUUCACGAGUGAAAACAUUUCAGGUGAUGUCAUUGUUGUAAACGUACUGUAUGCCGACAUCGGAGAGCUUCUAGAAGAUACUGACUCAACAGAUGAAAUCACUCCAAUGGUGAACAGCCGUGUAAUCGGUACGUCUGUAGUCCCCAGCGAAAAUACUACCUCGGACUUCACUCUGAAUGUUCGCAUGACGGCCGAAAAAUUAAAGAAAAACAUUACAGGAACUUCAAGCUGCGUUUUCUGGGAUUUUGAGGCGCAAGGAACGCUGGGUGGCGCCUGGUCCCCUGAUGGGUGCUUGGUAGACUCUGAAAAUGACACCCACGUGAUAUGCGUGUGUGAUCACCUGACCAACUUUGCCAUCUUGUUGAAACCAGACAACGUUGUGAUUCCGCCUGGGGAUGAAUUUGCUCUCGGCAUCAUUUCCUACAUCGGUCUUGGUCUGUCGCUCUGUUCUCUGCUAUUGGCAUUCAUCACCAUCAGUGUAUCACUGAAAAGUCUGAAGAAUUUCCAGUCGGCCGUAAUCCACCUCAACCUCAUUGCCGCGCUGGGACUCGCAGACACGCUGUUUCUGAUUGGUGCAGAUGAUACAGAAAAUCAGAUGUGGUGUACUGCGGUGGCGGUUAUUCUACAUUACUUCUACCUCUCCACCUUCAUGUGGAUGCUGUGCGAGGGUUUUCACAUUUACAUCCGGGUCACCAGGGUCUUUGCCGAUGUCAAAGGUCACCUGAAGUUUUACUUCCUGGCCGCUUGGGGUAUUCCCGCCGUGAUUGUUGGAGCAACUGCCGGGGCCAAUCUUCAGGGAUACGGUACAAAGACGGCUUGCUGGCUGGACGCCGCCGGUAACAUGCUCUGGGCCUUCGUUGCACCCAUCGCUCUUAUCAUUGCAAUGAACGCGUUCUUCUUGGUGAUGAUCAUGUACAGGUUUCUGACAGUCAAGAGCAUUGCUAAGAAAUCCAAGUAUGAACAGCUCAGGAAAGCGACCCGGGCCGCCAUCGUUCUGCUACCGUUGCUCGGCACCACAUGGAUCUUUGGUCUGCUGGCCUUCGGCGUGGGCGAAGUGGCCCUCUUCUACGUUUUCGUCAUCCUGAACUCACUCCAGGGUGUGUUCAUUUGCAUUUUCCACUGUUUGACCAAUGACGAUGUGGCGUCGACGCUGCGCAUCAAACUGCGCAGGUCUCGCACAAAGAUUGACAUCUUCUUGACCUCAUCCGAUCGAAAAAGUCAGCCGAAGUCCAAAUCAUCAAGAACAGCAGAAAGCAAACAGAGCAACCAGGGAUCAAGCACCGUGAGAAAUCCUGACGAUACCAGCGCAUCUGAAGUCGGACCGAAGUCUGACCGAUGGGCGACUUGCCCAAGUACCAGUCUGAGUGUGCCUACCUGAACGCCAGACGACGGCAACAAACCAUCCAUCGUGAGGAUGAGGGCCUGAAGAGUACCCAUAGGUUACUCCAUCCAAAGUUUAGAAUUUCUUAUAAUUAGUUAGAAAAAACAAGCCCAAGAAAUCGUUCUCAACAUUUUAAAGAUCCUAAUCGUGAACAUGUAGACAUAUGAAAUCUUCCAUCUUUUGCACUUAAGAAGGAGUAACGAAAUAAUAUGCCAAUGCGUCACCGGGAUACGUACUGAAAAGAAAAAAACAUUACUCAUAACCUUUACAUGCUAAGGUUUUAUGAUAUAAUAUUAAAUGUGAAAACCGAAAGUUAAAGAUUGUAAAAUGAUUAUCCUAAAUUCGCUCAUGAACUUGGACAGAUAAUGUUGUGAGUGCUAAUGGGCAUUACAACUCUGGUUUUACUGGUUUUAACCAAAUGAGGCUUCCAGCUUACUUGGCCACGGUCUGACUCUCGUAGUAAAACACGUGUGUGUGCGAAAGGCUUAGCCGCUGCGUAGUUAGGUAUAAUUUCAAGCCGUAGACGCAUGCCUGUACUGUUGCGGAGUUAUUUAAUUUGAUUCCAAAAAAAAAAAAUGUUAAGAAAGUUAGCGUUUAUGCACCGAGCUCCCAUGUUGAGGAUGGGUUUUGUAUGUUAUCGGAUGAACAUACCUGGGCAUAUAAUUUUGGGUCCUCUUAUUUCUAAUGUCAAACCGCGGACAGUAUUAUUUGGUUUCUAUGUAAAGCUCAUAUAUACCCUUACGAAAGGGUUUUUACAUAACUAUCAAUACAUUCAUUAUAUGUACACUAUAUGGUCUGAAAGAUGUUGUUUGAAAAUCGGGAUAGAUAAAGAUCUUAUCUGAGACUACUCUAGAAACUUGGCAGAAUUGAAGAUAGGUAGGAGUCAGUAAUAUGCCACUGAGAGUAGUGGGUUUACCGCAGUAUCAUAGCUUACCCAGAUGCAUCCAAUUCACGAUGAGAGGAAAUACAAGACAAUGUUGGCCUUGUGACCCUUGAUGAUGUAGUCAGCUAUUAUCCUUGGUGACUAUUCCCCCUACGCUGAGGCCAAAAUGUUGUUCUGUAACCACUGUUGACAUCUGUGAUUUGGGACAUAGUGUUUGACACCUGCCAUCACUAGGCUCCUUGAGGCUGUUAAAAUCA